AUGAUUCACAGUGGUCGGCAUGGGGCGAGUCGUGGCCAGGGCUCCGCGGUGGUGCGCUACUUCGUUGAGGGUGACUGGGUUAAGGGUGGAGACCGUGAGAGUGGAGUUUGCAAUGGAGAGGAAGGAAGGGUGGAAAAGGAAGAGGUGGCGAAACCGCAGCAACUCAAGGCGCUAGCCAUGUCGCGAUCGGUUCGAUGGUGUAGGGUUAGUGGCGAUGAGGGGUCAGGCACGGUGGCUCGGUGGUGGUGCGACCAUAGUGGCCCCGAGCAGCGGUUCACAGUGACUACAGGUGAAGCAUAA